AUGGUUAACUUCUUAUUGCCGCUUCUGCUCAGCUUAGCCACCUCCAGCAUCAACGCAGCAUCCCUCACCGAACCCUCUUUAGGUCCCUCGAUUCCGAUGAACCUAACCGAUCUCUACUCCUCCGUCACAAAUACAACUUCACUUGGUGACGGCGGCACCGGCGGCAUAGACCCUCGCUUCACAGUCAACUACGAUCUCGGCGGCAUCCCUUUGCGCCCGAUCGCCUGCCUCAUGAACGCCGCGAACGCCAUGACCAACCUCGCCCUGCAAGACUUCGAUGCCGACAUCCUACCCAUCGUUGCUAGGCUGCCUUCCUAUUCUGACGUGGUAAUCAGAAGUGGUGCGGCGACUCUGAGUCCCGGGACGAUACCGAUACGGUAUAUCUUGUGGGGGAUAUGGAGUUCGGCUCUGUUGAUGAUGACACAAUAUGAUUUUCAGACGAUGCAUUUGACACUUAAAUUCGACGGGGCGGUAGUGGGAUAUCUGGGGAUUGAGAAGCCAGAUCCACAGAUCCUAAGUCUGGCAGGGAGUAACGAUGGCAGCAGCGGCGGGAGUCUAGAAAGGAGAUCGAACGUGGAACUUCCUGCCAUGUCUCCCUCGAAGACCCUCGCAAAUCUCACCAUGCUCUCCAACCGCGCCGGUCUCUCCCUCACAAACACCACAGCCCCCUCCAACGCCGGUAACCUCCGUGUCUUCAUCAACCCCGUCGGGCAAUCCCUCACCAACAGCGAAUUCUUCAUGCCUAUUUUCGCAGGCCUCGACUACGUAGCGCGUUUCCCUUCCACCUCUCCCGUCUACGGGUUUGUAGUGCGUCCCUCGUUAACGGACGCGUGGCUUGAGUUCCGCGAUUACGGCGCGCGGCCAAGGACGGAGGCACCGUUUUUCGAGUAUCAGUGGAUUGCGAGGGCAUUGUGGGAGUUGCCGUCGUCUAUGGUGCCGGGGAGAUGGAGGGAAGCGGUUAUAGUGAUGCAGGUUGAUGGGGUCAACGUUGGAGAUGGAUGGAUUCGGAAGGGGGAAUCUUGA